GUAGAAAAACGAGCAGAUGUUUCAUGUUAGCAGUUAACUAUGGUAUUCAGUCAAAGUAAGUUGGAUCUUUGUUUUGAAUGUAUCGUGGUCUUUUAUUUAAGAGAAAAUUGAAUAAAAGUAAAUAAAGAUUCGAUUACCAUAAAAUUCUCUAAGAUGUCACAUGAUAAUCGAAAUGUUUCUUCUAUCGGUAAAACAUUGAAUUCUCUAACCGAUAAAAAAUUUUGUCCGAUUAAAUCACAUUUAUAUUCAUCUACGAAAAUGCCUAAAAAAAAUAAAGUAUUAUCUAAAAAAGGAAAAUGGAUAAAUAAUUCUACAAAAUAUCAACGUGCAAUAAAUAUUCCUCUACAAAAUGAAAUUAUGAAAGUAAAAAAAAUUGAAUGUAAAGACUAUAUGGAAUCCAUCGAUAAUAAAAGUUAUGAUGAUAUGAAUGAUGACAAUCCAGUUAUUAUGUUGCGCAAAGAAAUACAAGAUUGGAGAAUUAAUGAAAUAUUAACAUCUAGAACUGAAGAAAGACUUACAGGAACUCCAAGCGAACAACAUAGUUGCAGUUAUGUUGCUUCCGGAGAAACAACAAAAAGACAACAAAGUCCGAAUAACAUUUCUAAGAUCUCUACAAUGUGUGUUGAUUUUCCAGCAGUCACAAAGAAACGUGAUGUUUUGGAAUAUCUGGAUUUGUGCACGGAUCCGCCUGUUCGUUUGCCCCCUUCUUGUCAUUCAAAAAUGCACUCGUAUUCGCAUUCUGCGUGCGAUUGUUAUUGCAAAACUCGUGUGCCGAUAGCGCGGCAAAGGGAGGAAAUUCAGUCCGGAAGAAGUUGCGUCAGAUGUUCCAUAUCUAAAACGAAGACCACCAGAAGUGGAAACAAAAUUCCUUUGCUUUCUUCAAGAGUUAUCGACGAUGAGCCUCUUGACACCAAAAGAUCCGCGACAACGCUCCCAGUUUCUCCAAUUCUUAGUCCAGAAACAUUGGCAACUUUAGAAAACGUAGAAAAAUUGAUCAAAGAUGCCGAGAUUCAAAUGAAAGAAAUAAGCAUGGCUACAAGUUCUGGUCGUUUACAAAAAUGCACAACUAUAUACACGGACGAGGCGCCGCUCGACGACGAAAAUGACCAAUUAUUAUACAUCCGUGAACGCGUGGCGUUCAAAUUUCAAGAAGCGAACGGAUGGAUCGAUACGGAAAGCCAGCAAUCGUCUCGCGAGGAGCUCGUGGCCAAGACAAAGAGAAUUGUCGAUCUUUCCGCGCCAAAAUUCAAAACGUGCGACGAUCGUUACAAGGAAUUCUCGCAGCAGAGAAGGCUCGAUGUUCGAAAAUUCGGUCUUGCGCCUUUUACGUGCGACACGCGUGAAAAUAACGAGAAGAGGAAAGACGAGAAUCGUUCUUCCAAACGCGAAACCGAGAAAGAUAGAAAGAUUAGCACGUUUACCGUUCAAGCCGGUCCAUCGGUGAAUAUAAAAGGGGAACUGAUUACACAAAAUUUGGAAAAUAUUCAUAUAUCACCGGAUUCUUCUUUCGCGCAAGAGAAUCGAAACGUAGGGACUUAUAUGAUUUGUCACGAUUUUUCCAAAAGGAAUGGACUCUCCCCUAGAAAGAAAGAGAAAGUUGUGAGGAUAUCGGACGAUAAUGGUAAAAGUACUAACGUGAAAUCGACGAAUGGGAGGAAAGGAAACUCGAAGGAUGGCGACGAGAUUGGUAAUAAAACAGAUAUUUCUGAAAAAUUAGAGAGGACGGAUAUCGCGUCGAAAGAGUGUUCCAACGAAAGAUUGAUCGAAGACAAAACGGAGGAAUCGUCUUUGAUGACGAAGAAUCUUGAAUCAACGAUGAAUCUUAAAUUAACGCAAUCCAUUAACGAGAAAUCGGUUCAAAAAAUAUCAAACCUUAAAUCGGAGAGUGAAACUGUGAAAGAAGAAGCGGACAGUUCAAAGAUAACUUUGAAAAGUGAUCAGAGACAAAUACGAUUCGACGAACAGAUCUCGAAGAAACCGAGAAACCGUGAAAAGGAAGAGAUCUGUUCGAAACAGGAUUCGACUUUAACUCUAGAAGAUAAUAACGAGAGAAGAAAUAAAUAUCCUUUGUCUUUGGCAGAUUCUAAAAUAAACGAUGAAUUGCCAUUGCCAAGCGACAUAAUCGAACAAAUAUACAAGAUCAACAAGAAGAGACACAAAGAGGUUUGCGGGAACGAAAAGCGGAGAACGGAGAAAGAGGAGGAACGGUACAAGGAGAUAGAUAAACGUUUCAACGAUAUCGUUAAAAAAUAUUGCGACAAGGAUGGGAAACUGGAAAAGUCGCAGAUCGAUGAUGAAGAUUCUAAUCACAUUUUGUCCCUGAGUAUAAUUUCCUCGGAAGAAUCGGAAGGAUCGGAUGAACUUUACACCUUGUAUGAACCCGCCGUGGAUGAACUGGAUGGCGUUUUAUCGUCUUACGAUAAAAUAAUCAACAAUAUCGUUCAAUCCACGAGAACGAUCGAUAAGUUUCUUUCGCGACCGGAACUCGAGCAAUAUCGAGUGGAAGAUAAAACGAUAAAAACCGGUGAAAAAUCGUACGAUCCUGUAUCAUUGAGCAAAGAAAAAAUGUAUAAGAAAAGGAAAUGCUCGAAACAAAGCACGAGGAUGAAAAGUUCAACGGUUAAAGAUCGCGUACCAGCGGGGAAUAAAAAUAUUAGCAAGGAAUGGGAUGCGAAUAAAAUGAAACGGGUUAAAAUAUUUGGAAAAAAAGAUCACGAUUCGAAAAAAAAGUAUGCAAAAAUCUCGAGUAAAUUUCCGUCACGAUUCAUGAACUCGUUGAUGAAAGAACGAUCGAACGUUUGGAAGAAAUUCCAGCAAGAAGAAACAUCCGAAUCUAACGAAGAUAUCGGAAGAACGACAGCUCGAAUUAACGCCUCGAAACACAAGACACGUUUAUUUCGAAUUGUAAACGAUAGCUCGAACCUUACCACUUCCUCCAACUAUCCUCAAUCUUCAAGUAUUGACACGAAGAACGGAAAUGACACGAGAGUAACAACGGGAGAAAUCUCAAAAUCAUUGAUCAAUGACGAGAUGUUUCGCGGAAAGAGAACAAUUUCGAAGAUAAAUUCGUUGAUGAAAGAGGAUGAGGAUCGAAAAGGAAAUCUUGGAACGUUGGAAAAUAUUGUUUGCACGGAUAUUUUGAAACAGGUUGUACCCGAGGCGAGAUGCUCGAAAAAUUUAAUCGUUCUUCGUGAAGAAACGCGAUUGAUAGAGGAUAAAAUAAAGAAUAUUUUUAACGUAAGUGAGAUCGUACCGUUGAUAGUGAAAAGCUUGAAAAGGGACGAGACAAAUUUUGAGAAUUUGAAGUUGUUAAUUGUCGAAGAUUCGAGUAACGUAGGUUCGAAUGAAAUGGUGCGGAUAGUUGAAGAAAGGGAAUCGAAUGACGAGAAAAUGAGAUCUGAAGAUUUGCAAUUGGAACAUCUGCCAAGUGAAGGAAAUUCUAAUGCGGUGGAAACUAUUAAAUGUUACGGAGAAAAUAUUUUGAAUAAAACUGAUGGAAAAAAUUCUGUUCUCAUUGAAUCGAUUCCUAAUUCGGAAGAUGAAUUAAAACGUAGUCAAAGUAUAUCGCGAUCUAAGAAUGAAAAUACUCGAGACGAACAAGUGAAUAAAACAAAUUUCAAUAUUGAUUUAAAAAAAAACGCAGAAACUGAUAAUGUAAAUAAUAUUUCUGAGAAAGAAGAAGUGAAAAGAAAUAGUGAAAAUAUUAUUUCGAAGGAUAUUGAUAUACAGAAAAAGGAAAUCAAUAGUGAAAAUUUAAUUUCUCCAAAAAUUGUAUCGAACAUUGUUAAUGAAUCAGAUGGAAAUAAAAAAUAUAAUGCGAUGUAUGUAAAUGAAAAAAUAAAUUUGCGUAAUGAAGAUACAAAUUUAAAUGACAUUAAUAAAAUAUCGUUGACGACAAAUGAUGAAAAAAUUGAAAAUGUGAAACAUAAUGAUCUUGAUAAAAGUCCUGAUUUAAAAAAAGAAAAAUCUGUCGAAUUACAUUCUGUUAAGGAUACAGAGAAAAAUGAUGAACAAUUUGAUAAUAAUUUUUCACAGGUUUUGUCAUCUAAUUCUUUGCGUAAUUGCAUAUCACUUCGAUCUUCGUCAAAAAAUUAUUCGAAAACGUCAUCGAAUAAUCCAGAACUUUCACAGAAUAUGAACGAAUUUAGGCAUAUUGCAGAAGCAUCGAGUAUCGAUGAUAAAAUAAAAAAUAAUUUUUCAUAUAAUCUAUCAUAUAAUCUGGAAAAGAAAAGGAUUUUAUCGAAUGUAUAUGAUGAUCUAGACAAAAAAUUUUCUUCUACGUAUAUUGAUACCAAUUAUUCGAGUUUACUCAAUCAAGAAUAUAGAUUAUCUAAUGGUAUAUCUAGCAUAUCUACGAUAGAUUCAAAUAAGAUCGACAUUUUAUCCGAUAUUUCACGAUCUGAAGGAGAAUUAUACAUGCCAAGUUCCAGUUCAUAUUCUCUUGGAGAAGUUCGAAUGUUGACAAAAAAUCGAUCAGAUGGAGAAAAUACAGUUGAUUUUGACAAAAACGAUCCUAUUUACAUUACAAAAGAAAUGUUGACUUUUUGGAAUGAAUCUUCAAAAUCUCUUACACAAAGCAUAGGAGAAAUUUAAAAUUGCUGAUUUGAUCAAAAAUCCGUCAUGCUACAUUCAUCAUCAAUAUGAAGUACAUUGCAAAUAUUGCAAUUGAAGAUGCAACGGCGGUGACAUAUUUCGUAAUAUUUAUGACUUCAAAGGAUUAUUAAAUACAUGA